AUGUCAGGGUCGGCGGUCCUCCCGCCCAAGCGGCCCUCGAGGUCACCGCUGAAGCUACAGCUGCCAGGAGCAGACACACCACCCGCUGUCCCCUCUCGACCCGCACCUCCCAAGCUCUCGCUCGCCCCCGCUUCACCUCGUUCCGAUCAACCCGCUCCAGCGCCCUCGGGACGCCCAGCGCUCAAGCUCGCCGCCGUGACCGAUGGACUGGCUUCCCUCUCGCUCGCCAUCCCCAAACAAGGACCCUCGCACUACUCGUCCGCGCUGAACGGGCCCUCCGAGUCUGACUCCGAGUUCGACGAGGACGAUGAAGCCUCGGCGCAUCGGCCGUGGGCGGCAGGCGAGCAAGAACGGAUGGCAGACGAACUGCUGAAUGUGAUCAAGGGGCCACCGCCCGGAUUGGAGGACGAGUUGAGCGGCAGGACGAGGCGAGCGCGGAGCAAUAGCAGGGUCGCGAGUCGCAGGCCCAGCUUCAAUAACGAGGCUGGAAGCUUACAGGCAAAGGGAGCGACACACCUCUCGCCGCCGCUCUCGACGGGCGAGGCGGGCGGGUCAUCCAGUCUCGCGCCUCGACUCGGUCUCUACGGCGAGCAUGUCCAGGCUGCUCUCGGCGUCGGCGGCGGAGGGAGCCAUCGAGCGUCGCCGCUGUCUUCGCCAGCACUCGGUUCGACGUCCUUCGCCCAGUCUGGAUACGAGAGCGGUCUCAGCGGGACCGAGGACGAGGAGGAAGAGGAGGACGCGUUGGACAUCUCGCCCCCGACACUCGAGGACCUGGGCAGGCUUGGCGAGGGAGCUAGCGGAGAAGUGCGCAAGGUGCUGCACAAGCCUACGGGAAUCGUCAUGGCGAGGAAGACUAUCACGACGUCGCCGAACCCCAAGUUACACAAGCAGCACCUUCGCGAGCUCCUCUUCAUGCGCGACUGCACGCACCCGAAUAUCGUGCAGUACUACGGCGCCUACCUCGAAGCAAACAACACCCAAAUCGCCAUUUGCAUGGAGUUUUGCGAGGCUGGCAGUCUCGAACGGCUGUAUAAAAAGGUGCAGGAGAAAGGCUGGCGGACCGGGGAGAAGGUGCUGGGAAAGAUCGCGGAAUCGAUUCUCGAAGGACUCGUCUACCUGCACGAUCAGAAGAUCAUCCACCGCGACAUCAAGCCGUCAAAUGUGCUGGUCACGCAAGACGGACUCAUCAAGCUGUGCGACUUUGGCGUCUCGGGCGAGCUCGUCAACAGUUUCGCUGGCACAUUCGUCGGCACCACGUUCUACCUCUCGCCAGAGCGCAUUCGAGGCGGACAGUACUCAAUCAACUCGGAUGUCUGGUCGAUGGCGGUCACCGUCCUCGAGGUCGCCUUGAACCGCUUCCCGUUCCCUGCGGAAGGCGAAGCGCCGCUCAACGGCCCCAUCGAGCUCCUGACUUACCUUCUCAAGAUGGACGCCGUUGCGAUCCCCGACGAGCCCGCCAUCGGCAUCAAGUACACCAACGCCUUCCGCAACUUCAUUCAGGUCUGCCUCGACAAAGACCCGGCGACUCGUCCGGGCCCGCAGGCGCUUCUCUCGCACGGCUGGAUCCGUCGAAGCCGCGAACGACAGCCGCCGGCCGACCUCGCAAGCUGGGUCAGGGGUCUCGAGGCAUGA